AAACAAAAUCUGGCCUUUCGCCUGUCGACUGUAGUAACAAAAUGACUUGGAGAGAAUGCCUUGCAGUGUGGGCGAUGUCGUCUUCAUCUUCUUUAUCUUCCCUUUCUUUCUCUCUUUCAGAAGUUAGUUAAGAUAGCUCCAAUCUCUCCAACUACUAUUUUUUCCUCUAUUUAGCAAUACCACAAAAAAUUACAUUGAAACAUUUUAUAGUCUCAUUCUUUCUCUUUUUAAUUCAAUUAAUACACUGUUAUUUUCAUUUUUUUUCUUUUGAAUUUCUUGAGAGAAAUUUCGAAAAUGCCUCUGGUUAGAGCUGAAGUAAGGAACGAGUAUCGGCUUGGUAAGCCGGAGCUUUACAAGGAAGCUAUUAGGGAAGAUCCUAAAGCUGUUCUCGAUGGCGUCGUCGUUGCCGGUCUAGUCGGGAUCUUACGGCAAUUAGGCGACCUAGCUGAAUUUGCAGCUGAGGUUUUUCAUGGAUUACAAGAGCAAGUAAUAAGCACAGCUUCUAGAAGUCAUAAAUUGACAGUUCGUGUGCAGCGGAUUGAAGCCGCGCUUCCGCCCCUUGAGAAGGCUGUUCUUUCCCAAACAAGUCAUAUACACUUUGCUUACACAGCUGGUUCCCAGUGGCAUCCUCGCAUGCUCAAUGAGAAAAAUCAUUUCAUCUCCAAUGACUUGCCACGUUUUAUUAUGGAUUCCUAUGAAGUUUGUCGUGACCCUCCACCUCUGCACUUGCUUGACAAAUUUGAUGCUGGUGGCCCUGGAUCUUGUUUGAAGAGAUAUUCAGAUUCAACUUACUUCAAGAAAGCAUCAGGUAUCUCCAUAGAAGAAGAUGCUGAGAAAGACCCGAGAAAUAGGAAGACUCGUAAAAGCGAGAAAAGAAGAUCAUCUCACAGGAGUAGCAAACUAUCACGUGGUGUAUCAUUAUUGAAUCAUAGUGGCAGAAUGCAGUUUACUUCUCCGGUUGAUAAUGGGCGAAUUUCUUCCUCUCAAACUGCAUCUACAGUUGACAUGGCACUGAAAUCUGAAGUGGGAGAGCAUUCCAGUUCAUUUGAUUCAAGAACUGGCUCUGGAUAUAAUGAAUCUGUUUCUGAACUGGGUUCAUCCAUGCUUCCUGAGGAACAUGAACCCAAGGAACUUUCUUCAAGGUUGAUGCAUGAAACUGAUACCCUUGGUUCAGAUUUUCCUGUUCAACAAACUCGGGUUAUAGAUGAUAACUUUUCAGUUAGUUCAUCACAAGAGCAGAUUUCUCCAAGUCCAUCUUAUUUAACGUGGGAUGAAAAAGCAGAAAUAGUGGAGUCCAAAGCAGGAAAUUGGGACAGAGGUGAAGUUCCAGAGAUGAACUUUGACGUAGAUGUGCAGGAAACUGGAGUUGCCAAUAUUGUAGAUGGUGACCAAAUGGAUAUCCCGUCCAAUCACAUGGAUUCUGUCCGAUCAAGUUCUAUUGAGAACCAAAAUUAUGAAAUUGAAAGUGAACCAGAAUAUUACAUGGAUGCACUGAACACAAUAGAAUCAGAAUCUGAAAAUGAUAUAGGGUGCCAGUGCCAUACAAAACGAGAAGUGGAACAGUGGUCUGAAAAAGAUGUUGAAUGCCAAACAAAAUGCGAAGUGGAGCAGAAUGACGGUGCUAACCAUGUUAACAAUAAGAACAGAGAAGAUGGGAUCCUGGCGGUUACAGAUGAUAAUGCAGACCGUCAUCAAUCUAUAAUUGAAUCCUCUGCCUCAUCCAAUAUCAUUUCAAGCAAUGAGAUCUCCAUGAGUUUACCUGAUCCAGUUCCCUCAGCGAAUUUUGCCAGUGAGCAGAUGUUGCAAAUCUUAGGGAAAUCUUCUGAUCCUGACAAUUUAUCCCAUUCUGGUUUAUACAUGAGUGAUGAAAUUCAUAAAAAUUCACAAGUGGUAUCUGUCAUCAGUAAUCCAUUUGAAUCCUCUGCCUCAUCCGAUAUCAUUUUAAGUGAAGAGAUCUCCACGAGUUUACCUGAUCCAGUUUCCUCGCAGAAUUUUGCCAGUGAACAUAUGUUGCAAAUCUCAGGGAAAUCUUCUGAUACUGACAAUUUACCCUGUACUGAUUUAUACAUGAGUGAUGAAAUUCAAAAAAAUUCUCAAGUGGAAUCUGUCAUCAAUGAUCCAUUUGAAUCCUCUGCCUCAUCCAAUAUCAUUGCAAGCAAUGGGAUCUCCACAAGUUUACCUGAUCCAAUUUCCUCACAGAAUUUUGCCAGUGAGCAGAUGUUGCAAAUCUCUGGGAAAUCUUCUGAUCCUGUCAAUUUACCCUGUACUGAUUUAUACAUGAGUGGUGAAAUUCAUAAAAAUUCACAAGUGGAAUCUGUCAUUAGUGAUCCAUUUGUAUCCUCUGCCUCAUCCAAUAUCAUCUCUAACAAUGGGAUCUCCAUGAGUUUACCUGAUCCAGUUUCCUCACAGAAUUUUGCCGGUGAACAUAUGUUGCAAAACUCGGGGGAAUCUUCUGAUCCUGACAAUUUACCAUGUACUGAUUUAUGCACAAGUGAUGAAAUUCAUAAAAUUUCACAAGUGGAAUCUGUCAUCAGUCAUCCAUCAUCAUCCUCUGGCUCUUCAGUUUCUGAUCCAGCUAGUGAUAGAAUCAUAAACAGUGUGAGGGACUCUCAAAACUCCCAUAGAGAAUUUUGUGGUGUGAAUUCAGUAGGGUUCUGGACAAAUGGUGGUCUUUUGGGACUUCAGCCAUCAAAACCUCCUGAUUUUACUGUAUCAACUACAGGGCAGGGCUCUGCAGCCAAAACUAGUGAGGCAUUUGGUCCUCAAAAUCUAACUGUUGUGGCUUUGCACGAUGGACCCAAAGGAAAUUCAAGAAAAGCUGUUGAGAAUGCAGAAAGUACUGAGAAGGUUCCUGGUUCAUGUAGUGAGAAAACUUCCCUUCCGAUUGCUGAUUUAGAUGUUAACCUUGAAAAACCUGAUACAUCUCAUCGUAAUAGUAGUCUUGAUAAUUUAAAUGGUGUUGGCUUGAGCUUAAACUCUUCAUUCUCACACGGAAACAAGCACCCAGUCAAUCCUAAUGUUAGAGCUGCAUCUAUCGAAUCUGAUGAGGAGAAUGAUGACAACUCAUCUAGUAUGUUUGGACUUGGUCGUAAGUUACUUGUAAAUGGUUUUCACAGAAAAGUGUCGAUUAACCAUGAUGUUGAAUCUGAACCAGCCACUUCUACUAAAAUUGGGGUGUCUGAGCAGAGGAAUGGGCAACAGAGCACCUCAAAUCAGAAAAUUCCUUGGACAACCUUCAGUCAGCAGUAUGGAAAUGGAUCUCCUGUAAAUUCGCUUACUUCUUCUCCACCACUUGAACAUAUGAAAAUAUCUUUCAACCCCAUAGAUGGAUUUGAGACUUCUAAACUCAGAUUGCAAUUCCCUGAUGCGAAUCAUUGUCAGGAAAGCGUUAGGGAUAUGUUUCCUGCUUUCCAAUUGGUCCCAGUGCCUGCCAUUCCUGUGCAUGAUGUUGCUUCAGACUCUGAUGAUGACACUUUCUGCAGAUCAGCCCCUUACAUGUCAGAUGAUUGUCUUAGUCAUUGCUCUGAGUCAAUUUCUGAGCAAUGGGAAUCUGGAGAAACCCCUGCAAGCAAUGACCCUGAGCUGUAUGAUGCAUUAAGCAGAUUGUCAUCAAUGGAAUCUAUUUCAAGCUCUUUACAAAUUAGGGAAGCUGCCAUCAAUAGUAUCCAUGUUAAUGGGGGAAACAAAAGUGUAAUUCAUGGGAGUGGUGCAGAACCAUCUCUAUUUGUGUUGCCUGAUCUCCCAAGUUUUGAUACUAUUAACCCUGUACUACAGGAUGAAACCAAAAGCAAUUCCAAUCAAAAGAAACAUCUAGAAUUGCAAAAUACAAUGGACCUCACAUCAGUAUCUCCAACACCUCCUCCUGCACAAUGGCGUGUUUCAAAACCCUGCUUUGAUGAGGCUGAAGAAAGACAACAUGCAUUAUCAGAGUCACUCAGACAUGACCUUGAUCUGAAACUUUUAGGAUCUACCGUCUCUCAGAAGCCCAAAUCACCCUCAUUUAAUCAACAACAAAUAGAUGAUGCAAUUGCAUUAAAACCAGAAAAGAAGGUGAACGAAGAGAAGUUGAAUAGGCAGAAAGAGGCAAACCAGCAGAUUAGUGGCCAAGGGGUGGAUGAGAAGGAAGAAUUCUUGCAUCAGAUCAGAAGUAAAUCUUUCAACCUAAGACCCACGGUUACUGCAAAACCAUCUGGUACUUCUGGUGCCCCCACCAAUGUCUCAGUCAUCACGAUUUUGCAGAAAGCAAAUGCAAUCCGUCAGGCUGUUGGGAGUGAUGACGAUGAAGAUGAGGAUAACUGGAGCGACAAUUAAUUAUUUUGGAACAUGGAUGCAUAAGAUAAUUGCAAGUAAAUCCUGCCAGUCUCCAUUGAGUAUUUUUCACAAUUGGGUGAGUUUUUUUGACAUGUGUAUAAUCCUUGUUUCUUCUUGUAAUUAGUUAGUGGCACUCAUCUUGUACCUAGUAGCAAUCGUUUGCAUUCAUUUUUUGAAUGUUUAAUGUUUCGAGCAGGUAUUUAAGGAUUUUAGUAUCCAGUCUAUAACAUAUUUUGUCCAUUACUUUUCAUUUGUUUCAAUACACCCAUCAUUAUCAUUUACAUAUUUUUUUCCAUUACUUUUCAUUUGUUCCAAUACACCCAUCAUUAUCAUUUACAUUUUUUUGUCCAUUACUUUUCUUGCAAUUGUUAUGUUCUUCGGUUGACAUGUCUAAGAAAAGCAUCUAAUUUUGGCCAUCAAAUAGAAGGAAACGGCAGAGCCUAUCAUCGUCUUUAGAACAAGGAUCUUGCCAGUUUAUGCAGCAAAGAAAUAAUUAUUGCAAUUGCCCGUCUGUCUUGCUUAAAAGUGUUAUCUUAAAGGCAGUUUUCAACGGAUGCAAAAACAGAGCAGUGCCUGCUAAUUGCUUGGGUUUGAAUCACUGCUUUCUUUGUGUUUGGCAUUGAAAUGUUCAAUGUCUUCUUUUUUUAAUCUAAAAACUUUAGUGUUCUUGUUUUUUUUUUUAAUCUUCACAAACUAGACCAAUAAAGUCUCUUGGAAUCUUUCAUGAUAAAGGAAAAUGAUUAGAAUAUUGGGUUUUCUUCUUGCUUUUGGUUAAUCUGUCAUAUGGUACUUCAUAUAUUUUUAAUAUGCCAUUUAAUAUGCUUUUUUUCUUCUUUUCUCUGCCGAGAAUAAAGGGAUAAGAUCCACCGGCAUCAAAUAUAAAUAAAUAAAGAGUUGACGAAAAUUGAGGCCAACCUUCCCAUGUUAAAAGCUAAAAUAGUUUUUGCUGCAACAGGUUUGGAGCUCUCCAUAGCUGCCUUUGAAUUAAACCCUCUUUUUGAUCGAGCCAUUGCCAUGGAUGGACAAAGUUGUGAUAUUGAUUCAACCAGGUUUGGCUUUGGUUACCAUGUGUUAACAAAUGUUGUAUAAAUUUCUCACAAACAAAAGAUUGAAAACAACAUGCAUCCAUCUAGAUCAGGUUUCUCAACUUUGUUUUAUUAUAUUAAGUCUAUGGUUUCUGCUUUUGUCUAAACAAAAGCUCCCAAACUACCUAUAAGUAGCUGUGAUUGGUAAAGGGAAGAAAAAAAAUUAAAAAGAAUUUACUUUUAAAUAAAGCAAUAAAGUAAAGAGUA